UUACUCUACCCAGAUAGUAGUACUAGAAAUUAAACAAAAGAGAUGGGUGAAAAUCGCUCAGCCCCAACUCUUAUGGAGAACAAAAACACUGUCAUCUCCGAAAAAUUGUCUGCAGAAUCUAUUUCUAAGGUCAAUGGAUUCCUCAAAAGCAUGGGGCUCUUCAACCUUAACUUUCCUCCUCAGUAUGACACUAUGGAUUCUUUCUCUGAACUCAGCCGCAGCUUCCUCAAGGUCCAACAUAUCCACCGUGGCAAGAUUUCCUGUAUUGUCUCUGUCAAACCUCCUAUCAUGAAUGCAUAUGGUUCACUGCACGGAGGAGCAGUUGGAGAUGUAGCAGUAAGGGUAGCAACUGCCUGUGCUCGAACUAUCGUGGGAAAGGAUAAAGAGCUCUUUCUUGGAGAAUUAAGCAUAUCUUAUCUCUCUAGUGCUCCUCAAAAUGCUGCAGUAAUAGUUAAUGCAUCCAUUGUUCGAAGUGGAAGAAACCUGACUGUAGUUGCCCUGGAUUUUAGACUAAAGGAUUCUGAGAAACUGUGUUACAUUUCUCAUGCAACAUUCUAUCAUGUGCCUGUAGCAAGUUUAUGAACCAGACCUGGUUCAACACAUUAAGCCAAAGACAUCCUGCUGAUAGGUUGAAAGACCAGGUAAGUCACAAUGUUGGAGGGUUUACAAAGUUUCAGAACUUCAUUAGAAUCGGGAAAAGUUCAGCUGUAUUGCUGGAGUAUGUGUUCCCUAUCAGAGGAGCUUAGAAACGUCUAUGUAAAUAAACUGUCUUCGUUUCUGCGAAAAGUGAUAAUAUAUGUUGGCAUCAUUGUCCAGUUACAAACUCAGUAAUGUUUAGAAAUGUGAAUGGAAGGCAACCCAUUAAUCCAAGACAAUUUCAGUAAACAUCAUGUACUUGUACCUCUA